AUGUCGUCGGCUCCAUCAUGGAGAGACGCAAACGCGUCGCAGCUCUACACCGUCGGUGUCGUCGGUGUCGGUGCCUUCUUUCUGCUGCGCUCGGGGUUGAACGUAGCUUCGGCACUCAUCCAGUCUCCAAAGCAGAACCGUGCGGAGAGCAGCAACAAAAAGCAGCUUCAUACCCGAGAGGGGAGCGCAACGUCCAUGCUCAGAUCACACAGCUCGUCCGGAGCUGAGACUCAACCCAGGCAAGGCAAGACGACUGACGAAAGCACGGUGCAGGUCACAUACCCCAUCACGGUCGAAAUGUGCGACAACGCCUUCCAUUCGGGAGCCUCCUUCGCCAAUCGUCGGUCGGACUUGUCAGAAGAUGUCCCAGAGGCCCUUCCAAAAAUCCGUGCUGGUGCACUUUUCAAGCUGAUUGACGUCGUCGCAGGUGCUUCGUCACGCAAACACGCCGAGCUCAGCUGCGUCACAAUCAGCGUCGACUCGGUGUUGCUGCUCGCUCCCAUCUAUCUUGGCGACCUCGUCCAUCUGUCGGCCUCGGUCAACCGCGCUUGGGGCAGCAGCCUCGAAGUGGGCGUCCGCGUCGUCAAAGAAGAUCCUCGCUCAGGUGCUCGCGAAUACGUCAGUCAUGCUUAUAUGACCUUCGUCGCCGUCUCCCCUUCAGCGAAUGCCAAGCCAGGCUCGUCAUCGCAGCCGCCCGCCAGAGUGCGUUUGGCGUCUCGCCCGAAUCUUGCUCCAGCCUCGAUGUGGCAUCAACUUGCUGCUCUUCUGACUGGAGAUAGCGGGCCCCCUCCAGCGCCGAAACCGCAACUCCAACCCUUGCUGCCAAGGACACCACUCGAAGCGAGGCGACACAUUCUGGCAGGACGAAGGCGCGCCAAGCGCAUCGCGAUGGCAAAGAAGGGAGAAGCAAGGGACGGAGUCACGACGCAAGUCAAGGAACAACUCAAACAGGAAGUGCAGGAGAUCUCAAGGACAGGCGGCAAAUGGAGAGGCCCAGCAGAGGCGGAAGCGGGAGGAUGGACACCGGGAAGGCUCAAGAUCGAUCAAGCAGAUCUGCUGUCUUCAGCUGUGGGCGGCGACGUGUCAGCCGUUCCAGGCUCAAAGACAGCACAAGCAUCGCAGCUCGAAGCGCUUGAGCUUGAGUUUGUCGUUCGAGCUUACGUCUCGCGAGAUCCAGCUGUCACGGUCAAGCACGACGAAGGCAUGGUCGAGAUCAACCUGGCAGGCGAUAUCCCACUCCGACAUCCGCUCAAGGUAGUCGAGAGGCUAGCGAAGCAGCUCGAGGACGAGCAGCAGCAGGAGUACGAGGCGCCAUCUCACGCGCUCUUUGCCAGCAAGAUUCCCGAUUCCGGCGCGUUACCCUUGCCGUCCCCCAGCGCGCCCAGGACAGCUCGACCGCACUUUGUCGACGGCGAGAAGUACGACCGACCCGCUUCGCCGCCCAUGACGCCCGCCACGCGACGUCGCUCCAUCUUCACGCCCCUCAAAGCGACGCAGGAGCGCGAGGGCGAUACGGACCUCGACCAGUCCACCACAGGCACGCCGAUCAAGCCGCACACCCCGCACACGCUCACGCGCGCCCGUCUCGCCGCCAAACUCACCAAGCCCAUUGCGGUCGCCAAGACCAUGGCGCGAACGCUGCACCUCGUGUUUCCGGAGCACACCAACAGCGUCGGCGUGCUGUUCGGCGGUCAGCUGAUGGACUGGAUGGAGGAGUCGGCGUUGCUGGCCGUGCGUCAUGUGGGACGUGGGCGUCGGUGGGGUACCGUGUCGCUAGACGGACUGGAGUUCGAGCAAGCUGUAGCGGUAGGGGAGAGCAUGACGUUUACGGCUGUGGUGGUGCGCACGUUUGUUCAGUCGUGCGAGGUGUAUGUGCUUGCAGAGGCCGAAUCGCCGAAUGGAACGAGGAGGGUGACCAACGAUGCACUGUUCACACUCGCGUUCCCGCUGGACGAGGCGGACUCGGGCAGGGGAAGGAUGCUGAGACAGGUCGAGAUGCCAAAAGGGUCAGCACUGGAGACAUUUGCGGGGGUGGCGGUGAAGCGAAGGCAGACCAGGCUGGAGCUCAAGUCGAUGCUCGUGCGGAUCUACUCGAAUCCGGGCUAG